AUGACUCCAUGGACCGAGGAGGGCGCUAGAAGUUCUCACAUGUCUGCAGACAUCCUCUCACAGACCAUGCUCUCGUCUCGCUGCACCGUCUCAUCAGGCCUCAGUGCACACCUGCUCUCCAGCCUCAACCUCCCUUUUCACUCCCAACCUGCCACACAGCCUCAUCUCCACAUCGCCUUCUGUCCCACCGGGGGUCCGUGUCAUUCCCCAGCUUAUAAGCGCAGGCUUGACAUGGGCCUGGAAGGACAGCCUGCUUCCCUGUGCACCAGAGGAUGA